CGUACAACAGAUGAUCGCGAACCAAUAUAAACUCUCCCUUGCAAGCUUUGAGUGAACAGUCUGUAACAAUGAUUACAUCAGGAACAAUCCUACUUGCACUUUCGAGUUUAAAUCUCGCAGCUCAUACUGCUGCCGCCUGGAAUGCGCUGGAUCCGGAGCAAAUGCGGUUCGUCUAUUCGCGUUGCUUCGAGGAUAAUCUGCCCGCCGGACCUAAAAGAGCAGCCUAUGUGAAGAAUUGGAUACAGUGGCAGCUGGAGCCCAAUGACGAAACGACCCACUGCUUUGCUAAGUGUGUACUGGAGGGUAUUCAGCUUUACGAUCCACUGGCCAAAAAGUUCCGGUCCAAAAGAAUCACCAUACAACAUGAAGCGUUCAAGGCGUUCACUGGAGCCAAGGAUGAUGAAGUGGCCAGGUACAAAGCGGCGGUUGCUUCUCUUAAAGUCGGCAGUGGUAGUUGCACUGAUGUGUUCAACACGUACUUGCCGGUGCUCAAACAGUUCCACGAUGUCAGUCAACUAGUCUACCUGAGUGUUUCGGCCGUAGCUGCCAAGAUCUAUGAAGCGGAUCCGAAUGUAAAGCGGAAAGGCGAAUCGUUUAUGGAGUACUGUGCGAAGCGGGCCUGGAAAGGCAAAAAUAAGAAAGAUGAGUGUAAAGCUCGGAAGUACGAGCUGACCGGAAGCAACGAAUUGAAGCAGGCAAUCGAUUGCAUCUUCCGAGGAUUUAGAUACAUCAAUGAGAAUGGAUUUAAUCCUGAUGAAAUUGUUCGCGACUUCAAACUGGUUAACAAAGCCAACCUCGAGUCUCAAGUGCGAUCGGUACUCUCGAAAUGUUCAGGUGAUACAGCGUACGAUUUUUAUUCCUGCCUUCUGCGGAGCGAUGUCAAGGAAGAGUUCAAAAAUGCGUUCGAUUUUCGAGAGAUCCGCUCGGUAGAUUAUUCCUAUUUAGUGGUAGGAAACGUCUACGAUCACGCCAAGGUGAAGGAAGAAAUGGCUAAAGCUGACGCUAAGGUUUGCUAAUUAGUUGAAAAUGGUAAUGUUAUGUUAUCCGUGCAGCAAAGCAAUAAUAAAAAGUAGAAAAGGCAAAUAAAAAUUUGAAUUUGAAAAUA